AUGUCCACUAAAUCAUUACCUCCUAUACAACCCAUUCCUGAUCUUCAGUCUUCCUCUACAAUUUCAAACAAUUGUCAUAAAUCGACCAAUAACAUUCCUGAUAAUUAUGCUCUCCACUAUCUCCGCUCUGUUGGUAGUGAACAUUUUAAUAAUAAAGAAUCAGCCACGGUCGAACUUAAAUUAAAAGGAUUUCCUAAUGAUCCAUUCUAUAUUCAUCGGGAAUAUUUAGUAACUCAGUCAACCUUCUUUCGGGAUCUAUUCCAGAAUUUGAAACAAGGUGAUUUAGUAAUUAUUGAGGCUCCUUCUCCCGAGACUUUUAGUGAUGUAUUAGAAUGGUUAUAUACUGGAGAUAGUGAUAAAUUUUAUGAUUCUAUGACUGAAUAUAAUUGGCACGAGAUCUGGGAAAAUGUUGAAUUUCUUGGAUUAGGCAUUGAAGCAAAAACCAUUUGUAUGGCAUUUUAUCAAGAGGUGAUCGAUGUUUAA